AUGGCGAUUAUCGACAACUCGGGCGGCCUUAUUGCUGAGUGCAUUAAUGUGCUGCGGUACAAGAGCUCCAAGGGUCUGGGCACGGUGGGCGACGAGGUGGUGGUGGUUGUGCAAAAGGCCAAGCCAAUCCCCACGAACCAGAUUCCUGGCAGCUCAGCGAAUACCCUCAAGGUGCGCCGUGGCGAUGUGCGCCAUGCUGUGAUUGUGCGCACCAAGAAGGAGUGCCAGCGCCCGGAUGGCCGUGUCGUCAAGUUCGACGACAACGCGUGUGUGCUCCUGAACAACCGGAAAGAGCCGCUCGGCAGCCGUGUGAAUGGCGUUGUCUCGAGCGAACUGCGCGAGCGUGGCUGGGGAAAGAUCCUUAGUCUGGCGCCCAAGGUCGUGUAG